AUGAAAGUGUUUAUUGCUUUGGUAUUGAUUGUGGCUACAGUCUCUGCGGGUUAUAUCCAACCAUUUGACAAGCCUGUACAUCCUCGCGACUUGGCAGUUAUCUUUGAUGAUGAACCAACUGGUCGUAUUACCAAUGGUCAGACCGCUAGUGCGGGACAGAUCCCUUUCCAGGUUGGUUUGAGCUUCACUGGUAGCAGCGGUAGCUGGUGGUGUGGUGGUUCUUUAAUUGGUGAAUCAUGGGUUUUGACUGCUGCUCACUGCACCAGCGGUGGAACUAAAGUGAGUGUUUACCUUGGUGCCACUAAACGCACCAGCCCCAAGGAAACCCAGACCGUUACUAGCAGCAACUUUGUUCAACACGCAAGCUACAGUACUUCAACUUUGGCGAAUGACAUUUCGCUCAUCAAAAUCGAUUCUGUGACUCUUGGCUCAGAUAUUAAUACGAUUGCUCUGCCUAAGAUUGCUUCUUCGUACUCCACUUACUCAGGUCAAACUGCUCAGGCUUCUGGUUGGGGUCUCACCAGUGAUUCCGCUACUGCCGUCAGCUCUGAUUUGCAAUAUGCUGAUAUGCAAGUGAUUGAUAACACAGUCUGUGCAAAAACCUACGGUUCCAGGAUAAUCACCUCGAAUACUAUUUGCACUCAGGUUGUAUCUGGUGUCUCCACCUGCAGUGGUGACUCUGGUGGCCCAUUGGUUUUGGUAUCGGAAAGUGUUCAAAUCGGUGUUACCUCAUUUGUCUCAAGUUCCGGCUGUCAGUCUGGUGCUCCAGAUGGCUUUGUCCGCGUCACUAGCUACUUAAGCUGGAUUAAGGAAAAAUCUGGCAUCUCUUACUAAACGAAAAAUGACUUGUUUAAGGAGAUU